CGAUGCACACAACUAAAUUUGUGUCUUGCACUUAAAAAUACUGGGACUUGUUCAUAAUGGCAUACAGCAGUUUACCUGAUGCUCGUAGACUUCAAUAGGGUGAGAGGCAGGGAGAUCUGAAGGGCAUCUCUAUUUGACGCCGGUGGACGCCGCAGCCCGAUCAUGCUGUCCGUCCGGCUCGUGACCGCCGACCACGCGAUGGCCGAGCCGGCGCACGGCUGGGACGCCACCUACUCCGAGUUCCGCGGCCGCCGCGUCACCGCCGUGCCCGUCAUCCGCGUGUUCGGCGCCACGCCGGACGGCACCAAGGCGUGCAUGCAUGUGCACGGCGUGCUGCCGUACUUCUACGUGCCGUUCGACGGCGCCAGCGCGGCGGCGAGCGCGGCGCACCAGCUGGCGGCCGGCCUGGACCGGGCGCUGGCGCUGGCCGCCGGCGGCCGCCAGACGGCGCCACUACACGUCCACAAGGUGGCGCUGGUGGCUGGCAUACCAUACUAUGGAUAUCACAAGAAAAGUCAUUUGUUCUUCAAAGUUUUCCUUUACAACCCAAGGAUGGUUUCAAAAGCUGCGGAACUUCUUCAGAGCGGUGCCGUUAUGCACCGGUCGUUCCAGCCGCACGAGGUGCACAUCCCGUACCUGCUGCAGUUCCUCAUCGACUUCAACCUGCAGGGGAUGAACCUGCUGCACGUGUCCUCUCACAGGGCUCGCACCGAGGCGGGGACGGAGGCCUCCGGAGGGUCGGGACUGGCCGCCGUUAGCAGCUGCCAGCUGGAAGUGGACGUGCACGCCUCCCACAUCCUGAACCGAACCCAGCUGGCGACGGGUGAGCUGUCAGCUGCCGGCCGUCUGGCUUGGGUGACGUCCGGUCCAGGGGGUGCCGGCCAUUGCAGCCGGCAGCCGGUGAUCAGGCGGCACGGCAUGGCCACGCUGCGGGCUGAAGUGCAUGAACCGGACAUCGUGCUGCGCCGGCCCAAGACCAAGUUGGUCUGGGACGGCCACAACUUUGUGCUGCCGCCCGGCGAGAGGGAUCCGGCCCUGAAUCUGGCGCUGGAUCUGGCGCUGGAUUCGGCGCUGGAUCCUGUGCUGGAUCCGGUGCUGGAGCCGGUGAUGGAGCUGGCACUGGAUCCGACGAUGGAGCUGGCGCUGGAUCCGGCGCUGGAUCUGGCGCUGGAGCCGGCGCUGGAACCCUUCGCAAUGGAGCGCCCCUUGAUCGGGUGGAUGGGCAAGGAGGUGCGGGACCUGGAAGUGAUGGUCCGACUGGGCCCGAGGCCCAUGGCGUCUGUGCGGACGUACGGACAGCGGCGAACCGACCCGCCACGCCCGUCCAGCCCGGUGGCGUACAUGGCGGCGGACAGCACGAGCCCGGCGGUGGGCUCGCGGCAGCGGCGGCGCGCGCGACGCGUCCAACGCUCGCUUUCGCCUUCGCCCGGGCCCGAGCCCGGGCCCGGGCUCACGCCCUCGCCGGAGCGCGACAACGACGAGUCGGCCGACUACGUCUGCCGGGCGGGUGAGGUCGACGACGACAGCAGCCACGGUGACACUGCCAGCCCGCCGUGCGGACAAAGGCCGCUGCAGUCGCCCGAGCUCUUCGAGCCGCCUUCCCCGCCGGAGGAGGACGAGGAGGAGGUGCAGGUGCUCUCGCCACCCCAGAUCACGUCUCUGGCGGCGCCGCCGGAGGAGAAGGAGGACGACGACGACCUGAUCCUGCUGUUCGAUAACUCGCAGCGCCCAGGCGUGGAGGUGGUGGACCUGCAGGACUCCGACGACGAGGAGGAGGGCGCCGGGAAUACGGAGCGAGUGCCGUUUGUCGGCAGCCCCGGACUGGGCUCAGGGGAGGGCCCAGAGGCGCCAGACAGCACGGCCGGCUCUGGGCCGGUCCGUGCAGCUGCCUUGCCGCCGCAGGAGUUCUCAGAGUGCUGCAGACCGGAGCAACAGUCAGGGGAUGUCGCGGGGAGCUUCGGUACGGCGAGCCGGCCGCAGGAGGCUGGGGCGAGGCCCGGUGUGGACCAUCGGGCGGAGGAGGCCACAAAGAGCUUCGAGCCCGGCCAACAGCCGCAGGAGGCCGGGGAGAGCCCCGGUGUGAACCGUCGGGCGGAGGAGGCCACAAAGAGCUUCGAGCCCGGUCAACAGCCGCAGGAGGCCGGGGAGAGCUCCGGCGCGGACCGUCGGGCGGGGGAGGCCACAGAGAGCUUCGAGCCCGGUCAACAGCCGCAGGAGGCCGGGGAGAGCUCCGGCGUGGACCGUGCGCCGGGAGAAGUGGCGCGCUGCAGUCCGGACCGCCUGACGCUGGAGGAGGCGCCAGGCUCGGGCAGCGCCGAUAAGUCGGCCUGGCUGCCGCUCCGCGAGAGCUGUCUGUACGACGAGUCGCUGUCGCCGGCGGACGCUCUGUUCGCCGGUGGCGACAGCAGCCCCACCGCUGCUCGCGAGGCGAUCCAGUCUAGGAAGAUGAGGCCCUGGAUGAUGCUGAGCCGUCAGAUGAAGUGGAACACUCAGACAAAGGUGGCCCUUCAGACGGAGGUGGCCCUCCAGACGGAGCGGGACCCUCAGACGGAGCGGGACCCUCAGACGGAGCUGGACCCUCAGACGGAGCUGGGCCCUCAGACGGAGCUGGACCCUCAGACGGAGCUGGACCCUCAGGCGGAGCUGGGCCUUCAGACGGAGCUGGAUCCUCAGAUGGACCGGGGCCCUCAGACGGACCUGUACGCUCAGGUGGAGCUGAAUCCCCAGAUGGACCUGGGCCCUCAGACGGUCCUGUACGCUCAGAUGGAGCUUGGCCCUCAGACGGACCUGUACGCUCAGCUGGAACUGGGCCCUCAGACGGACCUGUAUGCUCAGAUGGAGCUGGAUCCUCAGGUGGACCUGGGCCCUCAGACGGACCUUCGGCCGGCCAGCUCUGAGGAGCCGCAGUCGGAUGACGUGGCAGCGGUGCUGGCACGGGACCGCACCACCUUGGUCAGUCCGGCGCCGGCGCCGCGGGACCCGGCCGGCGCCUCGCCGCUGGAGCCGUCCCUGCUCGUCAGUCCGUCGUACGGCCUCCAACGGGCCAACAGCGCCGACAACACGUACGGGUUCAAGCUGGACUGGGAUAACCUGCAGGACGCCCAGUGUUCGCAUGAGUAUCAAUACCUGACCUGCCUGAGCCUGGAGGUGCACGCCGUGACCCGCGGUGACCUGCUCCCUGACCCGGAGCACGAUCCGGUGGCCGCCGUGUUCUACCACCUGACGGACGAUGUGCCGGAGAACUGGCGACGACCCCGUCAGACCUCCGGCUGUAUCGUGGUCGACGCGCCGUCCGUAGUGUCUGAAUCGACCGGUAGGCGGCGCCACCUGCUGCAGGCGGCCGGCCUGCCCGACCUCGCCGUGCGGUACGUCGCCGACGAGCCGGCCCUGCUGCAGGCGCUGAUCGAUCUGGUCAGCGGCACCGAUCCGGAUAUCCUGCUGGGCUGGGAGGUGCAGCAGCUGUCCUGGGGCUACCUGCUGGAGCGCGCCGAGUGUCUGGGCCGGCCGCUGGUGACGUCCCUGUCGCGGCUGCCCGAGUGCCAGCGCGCCUCGCGCGCCGCUGCCGACUCGGACCCGUACGGCUCGGAGCACACCUCCGAGAUCCACCUGGCCGGCCGGGUGGUGCUGAACGUGUGGCGUCUGCUGCGGCAUGAGGUGGCGCUGUACAGCUACACGUUUGAGAACAUCGCUUACCAGGUGCUGCACCAGCGGCUGCCCGAGUUUAGCUUCCGGCAGCUGACCGAGUGGUGGCAGCACCCGUCCGCCGUCAACAAGUGGCGGGUGGUCGAGUACUACGGCCUCCGCAGCCGGGGCACGCUGCAGAUCCUGGGGCGGCUCGACAUCAUCGGCCGCACGGCCGAGCUGGCCAGGGUGUUCGGCAUCCAGUUCUUCGACGUCAUCUCCCGCGGCUCGCAGUUCCGCGUCGAGUCGAUGAUGCUGCGGCUGGCCAAGCCGCGCAACUUCGUGCCCGUCUCGCCGUCUGUGCAGCAGCGAGCGGCGGCUCGGGCGCCCGAGUGUGUGCAGCUCAUUCUGGAGCCCGAGUCCAAGAUGUACGUGGAUCCCGUGGUGGUACUGGACUUCCAGAGCCUCUACCCGUCCAUGAUCAUCGCCUACAACUACUGCUUCUCGACCUGUCUGGGACGCGUGGAGCACCUCGGACAGCGGGGCGCGUUCCCGCUGGGCUGUACAGCCCUGCAAGUGCCGCCGCCGCUGCUGGCGCGCCUGCUGGCCCGGGACCAGCUGCACGUGUCGCCGAGCGGCGUCGCCUUCGUCACGGCUGACGUGCGCCGCGGCGUGCUGCCCGACAUGCUGGCUGAGAUCCUCGGCACGCGCAUCAUGGUGAAGAAGGCCAUGAAGGCCAACAAGGACAAUCCGUCGGUGAGGCGCCUGCUCGACUUCAAGCAGCUGGGUCUGAAGCUGAUCGCCAACGUAACGUACGGCUACACCUCGGCCAACUUCAGCGGCCGCAUGCCUUGUAUCGAGGUGGGGGACAGCGUGGUCAGCAAGGGCCGCGAGACGCUGGAGCGAGCCAUCCGCACCAUCGAGUCCCGGCCAGAGUGGGCCGCCAGGGUGGUGUACGGCGACGACUCCCUCUUCAUACUGCUCAAGGUGAGGGCCAGGGUGGUGUGCGGCGACACCGACUCCCUCUUCAUGCUGCUCAAGGUGAGGGCCAGGGUGGUGUACGGCGACACCGACCCCUCUUCAUACUGCUCAAGGUGA